AUGCGCUUUGAUGACAACCGUUGGACCCGAGCCGUGAGCGACUGGGUUCCCCGCGAUAUUAAGCGCACUACAGGAAGGCCGCCGACCCGAUGGUCAGAUUUCUUCACGAAGUCCUUGAAAGAAAAAUAUGAUGCUCUUCGUGUCCCACGCGAAAGGAGGAACCACUGGGCUACUCUGGCACGCGAUCGGGACAAAUGGAAUAAUUACUGGCGCCCGCUCGACCAGUUCGAAGAUCAACGGGAGUCAAGGUGA